GCUUAGAUUUAUCACAAUUGGAACUUUUGUUUGAAUUUUGCAUUGUAUUUACAUUUGGACUCGAAAUAAAUAAGUAUAUUGUGUACCACAAGAUUCAUUCUUCCAUAAAUUUGAAUCUAGAGAGGAUUUUCAGCCUCGUUUUUCUAUAUAAUUCAAACCUAAUGAUUCAAAUUUCUAUAAUUCCGAAAAGAAAAUUGAGAUAUAUUUAAUAAUUAUCCAUGUUGUCUACAUGACCUGAAUUUCAAGAUCAAAAUACGUAAUGUUUACACAGAGAGUUGGAUGAUGAUGUCACUAAUGAAUUUAAACAUAACGUAAUGAACAUUAUUGGUGUAUUAUAUACUGGCCACACCUCGCUUAACUUUUAUAGUUUGAAUUAAGUCAUGCUGUUAAGUCAAUAAGUAAUUUUCGUUAUUUCAUGUUCUUUAUCAUUUUUCAUCAAAGUGAUUGUUGCAUUGCUGGAGUCUGGAUGUAUAUAUUAACUCAAGUUUCUGGCAUGAAGCCAACUGUCUUCUCAUUCAUCGUUAUAACAUCUAUAAUUUUGGUGCUAGUAUUAACAGGAAUAAUUGUUAAUAUAUUUGCUUCGAUUCAAACAUCUAGAAUAGUAUUGAUCAUCCUAAUUUUCCUGGUUUUGACCAUCGGCCUGAGCAGUUUGACAGCUUUCGAGCUCUACCGUAGGAGACAUUUCCAAACGGUUGAAAAGAAUGGUAAACUGGCCACUUCCGAACAGCCCAUCCUAUCGAGACAACCGACCGAAAACGGAGAUGGUACUUACAGCAGUCGAAACACUCUUCAAGUGUAACGUAGGAAGAAUUUUCAAAGUAUUUUGUGAUAAAGAUCCCUCGAGGUCUUGAAUGUGCUGUGACUUGAAUUGGAAAAUUUGUAAAUAUGUACAAAUCUAUUUUUAGCUGACUCGUUGAAAGUCCCAAUUUUUUAACCGACUUCGCAUUUCAAUAGUUAUUUAUUUUUGAACUUGGAACACCCUUUUAAUCGCUCAUUCUAUAACUUUGUUAAUUUUUUAAUGCAGCUCUCUUUUUGGGUUGUUGAUUAUUAUUGUUAAUAAUUUUUUACUAACAUUAAUUAUGUGUUCAAACAUCUUCCAGAAUUAUUUUUGAUAUUACAUGUGAUAACAUGUAUAUCAUUAUUUGAUUUAAGUUUAGUGAUAAGAAAUGAAUUUUUGUAAAUUUCUGCUGAGUCUAUGCAAUACUUUUAGUGCCUUGAAAUGUGUUGUAUUUUAUGAAAACAAAAAUUUUACGAAGAUAGCAACUGUUUUUAUUCAGACGAUACGAAAAUGGAAAACCUGAAUUUUCGAUUGUACUAUUAUUGUUUUAAAGCUAACAGAUUAUAAACAUUGGGCCAUAUGCAUAAAUAAGUAGUAAAUUCAGUUUAUUGAAGUGAACUCACAUUCGAUAAACAACUGACAAAGCUGUAGUAAAUGCAAAGACUCUUUUUUAUACAUAUGACCCAAUAUGAGUACAUCCUAUAUGGCUAUGCUAUGAAAUUUCGAUACUCUGUUAAUAUGUAUUUUUUUAGAAAAGAAAUAAAAUAAUGAAUCAGUA